AAGAACGCAAAUUUGUGAAGCUACUACGUCACUCGAUGACUGAGGAUCAGACCCUGAACGUUGACAACGCUGAACUUUGAAGCGUUUUUCCGACACUCGGACUCACUCGGACUGCAUCAACCAUGUGUACCGCAUGUUGAAACAUCCCUAACUUUAGUAAGGGGCGCGUGGGACAUUGGGGGCUGGACCCUAGCAUCACGAUGUAGUGCGUUUCUGAGACUGAUUUCUCUCUGCCACUAUGGUGGACACCCUUAUGGGCUCUACUGCUGCGGCCUUUCGAAGUAUCUAUUACCACAGCGCUGUAGCGCUCGCGCUUUCAUCCUGGGAUUGUAUAAUGACAUUCGGGGAUGAAGUCCGUUGUAUUUGGCCGAUGAAAGGAAGUUAUCCUUUCAAAUGGUUGUAUAUAUUCCAUCGUUAUUUUCUAUUGGUUAUUCAGAUAAUGUGCCAGAUCGCUCUCGCCUUCUUACCGGCCAUGUCUUCGCCGACUUCUUCCAUUUGCCUUGGCCUACUAGUGCUUAUGACAGUUUUGGUAGAAUGCGCUAAUUUCACACUGGAAUUUAUACUGGCGUUCAGAGUUUUUGUGUUGUUUGGUUGCCACCUAUGGGUAUCGCGCCUCCUUGGAGGUCUUAUCCUGUCCGAAGUCGUCUGUUGUAUGCCUACUGCAUAUUCAAGUUUCAAGAGUUACAGCUCUGGCAUUCUGUUCGAGUUAUCGCCCAAUGCGAAGAUACAGAUGUCGAUUACAAUGGUCGUGCAUAGCACUCUCAUCUCCUUGACAGUGGCUAAGAAUUUCUCUACCGUUGGAGCAAGCCGUGCUGCAAAGAACAUCAUAUCACAGUUGACGCUCGGUGGAACUGUCACCUAUCUCAUGAUGGCAGGUCUACUUGGUCUUGGUUUCACUGUAUCCAAGGUGCCGGAUAUGCAACCAAUUAUUCUGUUAUUCUGGGCUUUGACUAUACAUUCGAUCUGCGGAAGUCGACUGAUACUGAAUAUGGCGUGCAUGCAGGACCAUAUGCAAGGUUUACGGGGGGUCGAGGACAUUCUACUCACCACCCAGAUUGAUAUUUCCCUUUCCGAGGACUUGGAUUGACAUCAAAACACACAGAUUGACUUUCGCUUAGAGCAAGCGACCCCAAUCCACAUCCUUUUUUCAUGUCGUCCUAUGUAUGUAUGUGCUAACUAUAGUAGUUGGGUAGUGAAAGGUAGUCGAUCUUUGCAGUAUUGAACCACCAAAUGCCCUCGGGGUGCUCCUGGAUGCUUAGUAAGUACCAACACCAGUAGAGAUUAGACCUUACUCCCCUGGGGAAGGA